GGGAGAGUUAGGCAAAUCAAUGACAUGGAACAUUAAAAUGGUCUUAUUAACAUAAAUCAUGUCAAAAGUGAACUUUGUUUUAUUUCACGGCAUAUUUGUAUUAUAAAACAAUAUUAAACGCGGUUUUGAACGGAAAUAAAUAAACGUUUGUAAAGUGAAACUAGAACGCCGACGGAAUCACCGAGUUAUUUUUAAACGAAUCACGUGACAAUAACACGCCCCGGAACUUACAACAACAAAUAUGGCGGAUAGUAGUUCAGCUUCAACAAGUUCUGACACAACAAUUGAUUACGAGCCAGUAGUUAGUCAGAGAGGGAGGGGAAAAGGACGUGGCAGAGGGAAAUCAACAAGUGCUAGAGGCAAGGGUAGUGCUCGUGGAAGGGGAGGUACAAGAGGAAAGCGAAAGCAGACAGGAACAUUUCAUUUAGGCAGUGACGAAGUCAGCAGGUUGAAUCACCUAAAGGAAGAAAGGAAGAGGAAAGCUGAUGACCUUGUUGACAGACUGUCAGAAGAAGGAGCAAGGAAGAUUCUGAAGGCAGUGGCUGAAAAGAUGCCAUCUUUAGUUAUUGAUUUAGCAGAACAGUUACAGAGAGAAGAGGGUCCUUCUUCCCCAGGUCCAGAUGAGCCAGAUCAACCAAAUCAGCCUCAUUGGUGUAUUUGUGGUAGAUGUCGGGAAAUGCCUACAGAUUCGUCACGUGUUUGCUGUGGCAUGAGACCUGAACUCUGCCAUAGUAUUAUGCCUGAAAUGGACUUGACUAUAACCGAUCCAGGUGUGCUUCAGUUGCAACAGCUGUACAGAAAUGAUGUCUUUGCACGCCUCGCUGUAUUAGAGGAAGAUGUAAAUGCCAGCAUGAGACAUGCUGCCUAUAGGCAGUAUGUUCUUUUCCACCAUGGAAAGUUGGGACAAGGGGAAAGAAGGCCAGUACCAUCAUGUGCCACAUGGGUCAUUAGAGACAAAUACCCGGAUCCAAACAAUUAUUACAUCGAGUAUGUUCCCUCAUGGUAACUUCACAUUUGACAUAAGCUGCACACCUUAAAUGGUCAAAAGUGUUCAAAAAGCAAAUGUGUAAGAAAAUAUUAGUGUUUCACUUAUUAUUUGCAGAACUUUUGCUAUAUUUCAUGAAUAUAGCUGGAUUAGUUUGUGAAUAUUUCAUGUAAUUAUGUUGAUAGUGCAGAUGUCUUCAAAUAGUUAUCUUAACAAAUAUAAACAUUAGCCCAAGUUAAAAUGUGGUGCGCUUAUGCAAAAGCUGUUUUACGUGUUAAUUAUUUUUCAUUGCACAUUUUCACUUCUAUUUGUUUUUUUUUAGCUCACCUGUCACAAGGUGACAUGGGGAGCUUUUGUGAUCACUUUUCGUGCGGCAUCCUUACAAAAUGUUUUUUCUCGCUGAAAACUUAAAAAUUCUUCUUUUAACAACCCAUAGAGCUAGAGCUUUAAUAUUAAGCAUGAAGCAUAUUCUACUGAGUGUCUACCAAAUUUUUUCAAAUAAAAUCCCCAGGGUUUAAUUGGCCCUGCCCGAGGGUCUGAUUUGCCUUACAUGUCUAUAGUAAAAACGUAAAAAAAUCUUCUUAAAAAAACCCAAAGAGCAAAGGCCUAGAUAUUAAGCAAGCAUGAAACAUCAUCUAGUGGAUAUCUACCAAGUUUGUUCAAAUGAAAGCCCUAGGCCAAAUCUGGCCCGUCCCCAGGGGUCAUUGAUUUUCCUUAUAUGUACUGUAAAUCACAAUGUUUUAAUUUUCAAUAUUUCUUCUGGGGUGAAAGGGGCUCCACUUAAACCUUUGACCUUUUUCUGAGGUGAGCGAUCAAAGGCCCUCACGGUCCUCUUGUCACGUAUAUUAUUUAUGUCUGUUCAAUAUGCAAAUCAUAGAAGAGUUAUUAUUGGUUUUAGUUUGCUACCUUAUUUGAAGUUAUUUUACAUGUUUUUUUUACAUUGACUAUUCUAAUCCAGAUGCAGACUUCAGUUUUGGCAUAAUAUAAAGUUACAAGUUUGUCAUCAACCAAUUAGGUCAUGGUUGGUCACUAUUGUAGACACAUAACUCUAGCAUGUAUAUUUUAUAAAUUACAUAAUUGUAGAAAUAACAAAAUUACAUUUUCAAGUGUAUGUGCAUCAAAAAUGUUCAAAUGUAUUGAAGGUUCUGUCUAGAAACAUUAUUAAUGAUCCUAUGCAAUUCCAAUUGUUAGUUGUGCAAAUGAAAGCCUGGUUUUAUUUCCACAUACACAAAAUGUUUAGUAUAUUAAGUGAAAUGAACAUGCAGUCAUUUUAUACUUAUGCAUUUACUCUUUGUAUAUAUUUUUAGUUUUUUGUUCUGUCCAACCUUUUUUUUUUGUAAAAAAUAAAAGUAUGAAAAUGAU